UGGCGCUGCUGCAGCGCAAGGGCAGCUGGGGCGGUGCUGACGUGCAGCUGUUCACCUCCCUCUGCCACCAGGAGCACAGCUUGGAGGGGACGGUGGCGCAGGCCAAGGCCGCGUACGGCGCCGCCUCUGAGGCCCUUGAGGGCGCGCAUGGGGAGCUGCUGCGGGCCAUCCGCGAGCGUUACAGCGCCGAGACUUUGUGGAGCGAUAAGAUCCGUCGCGCCUCCACUUGGUGGACUGCGGGGCUCAUGGCGCUGCACCUGGUGUCGUUCCUGUCCGUGUACCUGGUGAUGGAGCCCAUCAAGGCACAACGGCUCCGAAACCAUGUGGAGGAGGUACUGCGGGACGAACUGGUGGGUGUACGACAAACCGUGGCGUCACUGCAAUCCACCCUGGAGUCCCACGUGGCUUCCGACGGCGCAGCGGCAACGGCGGCGCAGGCGGCGGCGGCGGUGAUGACGGCGGCGGCGGCGGCAG